AUCUGUGGUAACUAGCUAGAACUCGAAUGUCUUUGUGCUCAUCAACAGCUGUCAUGAUGAAAUAUAUAUCAGCGCUAUUUGCCGCCUUGACCAUUAUUGGUCUGGGACAAACUCAUCAGUUCCCGGACUUCCCAGGCUCAGGUCCUCUUUAUGAGAAUAUCCAAGACUUCUUGGACUUAAUUCCUUCUAAAGAAAUUCAAACUAUCGUUUUGGAUUACGUAUCAAACGAUCCGGAAGUACAAAACGCUUUUAAUAAUCUUGUAUCUUCGACCGUAUUAAAAGAUCUGAUGAUAAAGAACCUCCGCAAGCUCCAUGCAAAAAAUGCCCAGGGGAAUUAUUCAUUAGUAAAUAAAGCUAACGAUGCUCUUGGUAUCGAUAGGAUCACACCACCAGCUUCUCGUUUAUAUUCUUUGGUCAUACAGAGGACUGGUGGGAUUGUAGGACUUUACAAAGAUAUUAUGGGUGUACUUCCUAUUGCCACGAUCAUGCAUACUUACGUGCAAAAGAUGGAAACUUCUUCAGCUUUCGUCGGUUUUGUCAACCAACUGAAGUCAAACAAUGCCCAGCAGGCUGUAGACAAAGUCUAUCAAAUUAAAUCCUUGCAGAUCAUUUUGAAUGUACUCAAAAGCAGCGGAGUGAAUACGCAGAUUACAGCUGACAUCAUGUAUAUUCUCUUCGGCCUUAUCGUACCGAACGAUGUUACUGUUUACCAAGAGCCUACGCUGGAAGACGAAUUGAUGGAUUUUGUGAAACUUCUUCCGAUUGAUCAAAUUAAUGAGAUAACCUUACAGUAUAUAGCCGAAGACGAAAAAGUACAGCACUCUCUGCAAUACUUGCAGACACCAGAAUUCCAUUCCAGUCUGCGCGAUCUUGAAGCUCUUAAAGAACAUCAAGCAUUAGUAGUAUAUCUGGAGGAGGCUGGAUUGAAUGUUACUGAUUACAUCAAAACAUUUCAUAGGGCUAUUGGCAUGGAGGAUUAUGUGCCGUCUAAAAUAAAAAGCAUUUUCAAAUCUCAAAUUGGAAUACAAAAGAUCGGUGAUGGGAUAAAAGGAUUGUUGGAGGAUAUUUAUAAUUUAAUACCUUUUGAUAAGGUUCUAGCUCUUUACAAUGAGAAAUUGCAUAAUUCCAAGGUCUUUGCCGAUUUCAUCGAGAAGCUAAAUUCCCCGAAAAUGCAAAAAUUGAUCAAUGAUCUGUAUGCAAAUCGAACUUUUAAAAAUUUUGUGACGGAGAUGAAAGAAAAUGGAUGGGAACUCCCGGAACUGACAAAAUUUUCCACUAGUAUAUUCGGUUUUAAGUUCCCACAUAUUAAAAUGCAUAAUGCCAUAUUUUAAGCGCAUAUUUUAAAUAUAUGUUUUUUUAUGUCUUUAUUAUAUGAUGCCG